UAAUAAAAAAUAUUCUAAUGACAAAAGGUGGAAUACAAUAAAGAACAAGUGAAUAUACAAUUCAUAUAUGCACGCAUAUACAUAUGUAUAUGUAUCUGUGUAUGUAUAUUAUAAAAACAAAUAAAUAAAAUAUACCUACAUUAGCUUAUUUAAUAAUAACCAAUAUCAACUUUAUUAUUUUUCUAUUGUUACAUAAAAGUAAAUAAAUAUGAGCAACGGAAGUGAUAUGAACAAUAAUGACAAUAAGGAUGGAAAAUUAUUUAAUGAAGUUUCACAUGUAAUUUUUGAUCUUGAUGGAUUACUUAUAGAUUCUGAAACUAUUUAUGAGCAAAUAGUUUCAGAUAUUGCGAAACAAUAUGGAAAAAUAUAUCCGGAUAGCACAAGAAUGCGUAUACUAGGUACAACAGAAGAACGUUCUGCUGAAAUUGUUAUUGAAGAUUUAAAAUUACCAUUAACAAUGCAAGAAUAUCUACAACAAUAUAAUAAAUUAUGUAAUGAAAGAUUUAAUGCUGUUAAAUUAUUGAAAGGUGCUGAAAAACUUAUAAGACAUCUGAAUGCCAAUAAUAUACCGUUUUGUUUAGCAACCAGUUCGUCUCAAACAAUUGUCGUAAAAAAGACAUCAGGUAUACCGGAAUUAAUAAAAAUGUUUCAUCAUAUCGUUUGUGGAUCAAGUGAUCCAGAAGUAAAAGAAGGCAAACCUGCCCCGGAUAUAUUUUUGAUAGCAGCAUCAAGAUUUGAAGAUAAACCUAAUCCCGAAAAAUGUCUUGUAUUCGAGGAUUCACCAAAUGGUGUUAAAGCUGGUAUAGAAGCUGGCAUGCAAACGAUAAUGGUACCAGAUCCACGUGUAACACCUGAACAAAAAAAAUUAGCAACACAAUUUUUAAGUUCAUUAGCAGAUUUUAGACCAGAAGAAUUUGGUCUACCAAAAUUUGAAGAAUAAAUAACACUUAGCCUAUGCAAAAUUUAAAAAAGCUUUAAAUUCAAAAUGUUAAUCAUUUAAAAUGUAAAAAUACAUAAUGUGUGAUUGUACACGAGUAACUGUUGUUAAUAAUAUUAAUUGUAAAUGAAUCAACAAAUGUAAAAAAUUAUAAU